AUGCUCGUAUGUGUUCCCCUCUUUGGACCCGGGGAUCUGAUGGAGGUGAAGUACGAGCUCUCUCGCUCUCAGCAGACUUUUGCGACGUUUCAGGGCUACUGCGUCGAGGUGCGAAAGAAGCGCCUGAACUCGUCGUUUGUGCUCCGCAAUUCCUACGAAGGCAUCGGAGUCGAGCAGCGCAUCCCUCUGUACUCCCCUCGAAUCAUCUCUCUCAAGGUGGUGACCAGCUGUGCCUCGCCAACUCAAGACUUCCUUCUUCAGCGGCACAAGCCUCUGAGUCGCGACUAUCGCUACAAAUGGAAAUACAAUUUCCGCGGCCGAUGGAGUCGACGCAUCGGCAAACAUAAACCGGGCAUUCGAUCUGUGGAAAAGAAGAUUCGGCAGCGCAUCGUGAGAAUUCGCAAACGCUACAUGGGUCAGCGCAUCGAGGCGGGUCUUCCGCCCUACGUCUGGGGCGGGCCGUAUCCGCAGUACGGCCGAAAACGGUCUCUCUUCAUCCGUGGCGAAAUGUACCGCCGCAUGCUCAUCUACUCAUUUGACGAGAGGCGAAGGCGCGCAGAGACGCUCCGCAAGCGGAGAGCAGCCGUCAAAUGGGGCGUCUUCAAAUUGCGUAAACCGUUGGUACCGCCUGCGCUCACUGCCUUGCCGACGUAUCACCCUCUGUACCCGGGAAAUCUGCCAAAAUAA